GUCAAGCUGUGACGCGUAAAAUUUGGCGGUGUUUUGUUUUGCGAGUUCGCAAAUCAAAAAUCGUUGUUUUUCUUGUAAUUUAGUUGUGAUUUUGUGUGUGUGAUGCUGUGAUAAUGACGGCGAAGUUUUUCGUGUACGCGGGCGGGCGCUGGUGCGCGGUGGACACGGCGACGGGGCGCGUGGCGGGCUGGCGGCGGCGCGCGCGCUUCGUGUUUUCUUCGCGGGGCCGGCUGCAGUACGCACGCUCGGCCGCGGUGCUUCGGGCUCUGCGAGCGUUGGCGGCGGGCCGGCCCUCGGCGGUGCGCGACGGAGCCCCGCUCUCGCAGUUCUGGAAGAAGUCCAGGUCCAAGCGGCAGUCUGUGUCGAGGAAGGCCGGUUGCCGGUGCCGCCACCACUGCUGCCGGGACGCUCACCGCCACGGGUACGCGACCUCGUCCCCGGUGUCAAAGCUAGCCGACGCGGGAGUGCAAGUGACGUCAUCGCUCGGCCAGCUGUCCUCGCAGGCCGGGACCACCGCGUCUCAACACCAUGACGUCAUCCAGAGGACCAGCCAUGUCUCUCCGAGUAAACCACUCGUCCAAGAGACGUCGUCGCCGCGGAAAAUUCGUCCGAAGCCCCACUCAAAGCCGCGAGCGAAGCGCAAGCGGUCACACUCCGGAAGUCCGUUGAAGGCUGUGCAACAAAAUGAAAUAUGUCUGACACAGCCCGCAGACGCGCAGUGCAAGGAGCUGGUGAUCAACGAAGAUGACGUGGAGCUGUACCGCGCCUACCUGCUCGCGCACGAGCCGGCCUUCGACCUGUACCGCUUCGACGCCGACGAGGCCUACAAAUUACGCGUCUUCUUCCGCAUCAACCCGCUCGUGAGCGUAGAGCGGUGCGCGCGUUUAGAACGCAUGCUCCGCGGUCGGACUACCAGUCAAGACAUGCCGCUCGAAGACUUCGCUUCCACGCUCGGGCUCAAGGCCGUGGCCGAGCGGUCGCAGCCCGAAUCUCAACGUACAAAGUACAGAAUGAGGCAACGAAUCGACAAUGAUGUCACAGUAAUUGAAGACUCGGACGAAACGGAUAAGGAAAUGAGAAAUAAGACAAGCCAAAAUAAACAUAAGAAAGUGAAAAGGAGAGAAGGAAGAAACCGAGACCAAAUAAAGACGUUAAAUGACCACGAUUCCAAAGACACUAAUUUGAGUAGGGAUAAGAAACUUAUCGCAUUACAGAAGCUGCUCGAAUCCUCUUCUGAUGAUGAUGAGGAUAUUAAUAAAAAGAAUAAAGAAAGGAAACGAAAGGCAUCUUUCUCUGAUGCUGACGACGCUAAACGAGUAACUAGACCUAAAAUGGACACAAACAAGACACAACAGGACACUUCUUCGGACGAAGACGAAAAAAGAUCUAGUAGCCCCUCUUCCGACGCAUGUGAUGAAUUAGUUAAGAAGUUAAAGAAAAUAUUUGAGACCGAUAACAGUAAACAAAAACCAUCUUCUGAAAAAGAUAAAAAUAAAAACGACAGAUCGAAAGCCAAGAAUGAGGCAAAGAAAGCAAUUGACAUAUCGUCAGAUGAAGACGAUACAAAUAACAGAGCACGGACGAAGAGUAAGAAAACGACUAUAGACAACGCAAAUAAGCCAGAAAACAAAAACGAUAGGUCGAAAAUUAAAAAUAAUGGAAAGAAAGCAAUUAAUGACACGUCAUCCAACAAAGAGGAUAAACUCAAUAGAGCAAGGAUGAAAAAUAAAAACACGCUAGAAAUCUCAUCGAGUGAGGACGAUGAUACGAACCGUAUAACUAGUAAUGGAAAUAAAAUUAACACAAAUAAACCAGAAAACAAAAAUGACAAAUCGAAAACUAAGACUGAUGGAAAGAAAGCGAUUGAUGGCACGUCAUCCAAUGAAGAGGAUAAACUUAAUAGAGCAAAAACAAAAAAUAAAAACUCGCGAGAAAGCUCGUCGUCAAGUGAAGUCGAAGAUACGGAAGAAUCCUCAUCUGAUGAAGAUGACGACUCUACUGAUGAAAGUAAUGGAAACCAAAAGACUCAAAAAUCGUCUUCAGAUGAAGACUUCGAAGUGAAUAAGAGAAAAGUUAAAAAGUUAAAAAAAUCUGGCGUCAGAAAUAAAAGGUCAAGUUUAAGAAAUGAUAAAAAGAAACAAUAUAUCGAAGUGUCCUCGUCUGAUGAUGAGGACAAUACAAUAAACAGAAUGAGGCUCAGAAACAAAAAUCCUACUCGAGAAGACUCAAGUUCAUCAGACAGUGAAGAUGUAAAUAAUAAAAUAACGACUAAAACUAAUAACCAAAAGACGGUAACAGAGUCUUCUUCCGAUGAAGAAGAAACCGAAAAUGUUAGAGCGAACACUAACAAAAAUGCUAAACAGGCGACAUCUUCAGAUGAGUUCGACGAUACGAACAAGACGUUGUGGAGGAAAAACCAAAAGAAACAUACUGCAGAUAAUGAUGAAUCCGAAGACGAAAACACGAACAAAAUGAGGACUAGAAACCAGAAUCAGGUUCAAUCUUCUUCCAAUACCACGAAAACGAAGAGCAAAAACACGAAAACGAACGCGAAAACAUCGGGCGAAGAUACAGAUAAAGAGAAUAAAGCUGAAGAUAUGAAGAAAAGGUUGAGAAACAAAUCGAACGUCACCGUGAUCAGCUCCAGCUCGGGCGAAGAAAAAAAUUAUGAUGAUGAGUUCGCCAGGAAGGCCAAGGUGUCGAAAGUCGUGAAACGCCUGAAGAAACGGAUACGAGCUGCUCCUAAGCCCAGCGAAACUUCGCGCGUGUAUUCCACGCUGGAGGACCAGGCCAUCGUGUCGUGGGUGUCGGCGGGUCGCGAGCGGCUCGUCAACGGGAACGCCGUGUGGCAGGAGCUGCAGACACGGUUCUACUCCAUCGCCGGACGCAGCCGCACGUGGCACUCGCUGCGCAACCGCUACCUGCGGCACAUCCUGCCGGCGCUGGGCCGCCUGGCGCUGCCGCCCGCGCAGAUCGCCCGCCUGCGAGCCGCCGCCGCACAGGGCUGCAUGCGGCGCGGCAACAAGCAGGCCUCGAUCUUCGCGCAGACGCCCGUCACCGGCGCCUCCACGCGCCGAAAGCGCCCUCCGCCGCCCGAAUCGUCGCCAGAGCGCGGCCUGAGGGACCAAAGCAAGACUGACACCGAAAACCGUCCGAACCCGCAGGCGCGGGAAAUGCCGAAACUUCGAAUAUUGCGCUCCAGCGCCGCCCACGAGAGUGACCAUGCAUCCUCCGACGCGCGCGGGACACACGGGGACAAGGAAGGGGACACGCCCGUCAUGAAACGGGACAAGAAGCGCGAGUUGUCCCGCACGCCUACUUAUGAACAGCUGACUCGCCAAUUCGCGGCGCGGUCACGAUCCACGCCCGCUGCCAGCCCUGUACUACAAAAUAGGGACAAAACACCGGAGAAAUCGUCCAGACGUACGCGUAACUCGUCGCAUGUCCGAGACGAAUCGCAGACGAGCGAUCAAUCUCCCGCCCGGGACAAGUUGCGGACCCGGGACAAGUCGCACGGAGACAAAUCUCAGACGAGUGAAAAAUCACGUACUCACGACAGGCCGCACGCUAAAGGCGGAUCUCAAACGAGUGACCAGUCACCCACCCGGGACAAGUCGAACACUCGCGAUAAAUCUCGCAAAGAUAAGUCGCGCACUAAAGACAGAUCACAAACGAGCGACAAAUCGCAUAGCCGGGACAAGUCGCACAGUAAAGACAAAUCAAAAGCGAGCGAUAAGUCACCCACCCGAGACAAAUCGCGUACCCGGGACAAGUCGCAGACCAAAGACAGGUCUCAAACUAGCGACAAGUCAAGCACUCGCGACAAAUCGCGUACCCGGGACAAAUCUCAAAAGUCUGAAAAGUCCCCCACUCGCGACAAGCCGCGGACGCACGAGCCAAAGACUCGCGACAAAUCGCAACCACGGACGAGAAAGUUGUACAACCCUAACGCAGUGCUCCGCUGACGUCCAAGUGCAUUAUAAGUGGCCGGUUCACCAUUUUGUUGUCGACUGUAGUACAGUCAGCGCCAAAUAGUUAGUGACACCCAAAGUAGCCAAAAAGAUCGCAACACUUCUGUGUUACAAUAAAAGUUUGUCAUCUUUUUGGCCACUUUGGUUGUCACAGAAUUAUUUGACACUGACUGUAGGCACGCCGGUCGGUCGUAUAGAAGUUUUGAAUCAUUUAAAAAUAAAUAUAAAUUGAAAUAUUUUUAAUAAAAUCAUGAUUUGAUCAUGUAUCGGAGAACGUUCGUGUGGUUUCGUUAAUUUUAAAGCUAGUUUAGUGAUUUUUCAUGUGUUCAAGUAUGUAUGAUAUUAAUAAAUCUGUCAAAUUGUAACUGAAUGGAUUCCCAUUAGUAUUUUAAAAAGACAAGUUUAUUAUUUUCGAUUUUAGCAUUGCAUAAAAUGUUCCAACAAUUUAUUAUGGAUUGAGGAUUAUGUGCCUACUUUAAAAUGUUUUCAUUAUGUUAAUAUUAUGCUUAAGAAGCUUUGAACGUGAUAAUGCAUAUGACCAAUUAACAUAAUUAAACUACUGGGAAAUGUAUACAAAUACAAGAAAUGUGUAUCGUUCUUUAUUAACGUUACACAGCCAAGGUUUUGUAUACAUUUCCUAGGACACAAAAUUUUUAUUUCAAAUAUGUAAUCCUGAUUGGCUUUUUAUCCUUGUAAGUUUUCAGUCUAAACUAAAUACAUUGAUCAUAAAGCAAUAUUGUUACUCGAUUAAUGUAAUAAACGUACGUUUUAAUAAACGACGGAGACUUUUUCAAACAAACGACAGAAAGUGUCACAUUGUGUUUAUAGGAACUUGAUUCAAGUGUAAAUAGUAUGUUAACUACCUCUUAAAGCCCGAUGCCCGCCCUAGGAACAAAGGAACGUGCAUGCUUUUUUCCAUUCUUAAAAAUACCGCGUAUUAUGUGACGUCACGUGCACGCCUACUUCCACAUACCUACGAAAUAUUUUAUUUUUAUGUGUUUUAACUUUCAUACAUUUAAAACACUCCUUUAAUCUAUAUUGCCAAAACUGAAAUUAAUUCCUUACAUAUA